AUGGCGAAACUUGCACGGCUAAUUGCCGGUCUUUGGAUUCUGUUUUCCUUUUUGGGUGUUUCGACAUUUGCCGAAUCCCAGGAGGUGACUCAAUGGCCUCUCCACGACGAUGGCUACAACAAAGUUGUCGAAUGGGACCACUAUAGCUUCCAGGUCAACGGGCACAGGAUCUUCAUCUUUUCCGGCGAGUUCCAUUACUGGCGUAUCCCCGUCCCGGGUCUGUGGCGCGACAUCCUCGAGAAGAUCAAGGCUGCGGGCUUCACUGCGUUCGCCUUUUACUCCAGCUGGGCCUACCAUGCGCCGAACAAUCAGACCGUCGAUUUCUCCACUGGUGCCCGUGACAUUACCCCGAUCUUUGAGCUAGCCAAAGAGUUGGGACUCUACAUCAUCGUGCGCCCGGGACCAUACGUCAAUGCUGAAGCCAGCGCCGGUGGAUUCCCACUCUGGCUGACGACCGGAGAAUACGGCACUUUGCGGAACAACGAUACGCGGUAUACCAAUGCCUGGAAACCUUACUUCACCGAGAUGUCGAAGAUCACCAGCAAAAAUCAAGUCACCGAUGGCGGGAAUGCUCUGGUCUACCAGAUUGAGAACGAGUAUGGCAAUCAAUGGAUUGGCACUGCGUCGGAGCGCGUGCCAAAUGAGACCGCGAUAGCAUAUAUGGAACUUCUCGAGGCCAAUGCUCGUGCUAAUGGCAUCAGGGUCCCACUGACAGCGAAUGACCCGAACAUGAACUCGCACUCCUGGGGCAGCGACUGGUCCCACGAGGAUGGCAACGUCGAUGUCGCUGGUGUUGAUUCAUACCCAUCGGCAAGUUCCCUGUUCUGUCCUGUGGAAGUCUUCUAA